CCUGCAGUGGACCAUGAGUCGGUAAUGCCCAGUGAAGACUUCUGGGAGCCAUGUCAGACGAAUCUGCCUCAGGGAGCGAUCCAGACCUGGACCCGGACGUGGAGCUGGAGGAUGCGGAAGAGGAGGAGGAGGAGGAGGAGGUGGCAGAGGAGGAACAUGACAGGGAUGACGAGGAAGACCUGCUGGAUGACACAUCCCUAGAAGGCAUGUGUGACACUGACCAUGCCCAGCUGGAGGAAGAUGGGCAGCGGCCCCCGCGGUGCACUUCAACUACCUCAUCUCAGUCUGAGCCUUCAGAGCAGCUUAGGCACCAUCAAGACAAAAUCCUUGCCUCCGAGGACCCCAAAAAGAAGAGAGCUCAGAAGCCCUCUCAUAUGAGGAGAAAUAUACGAAAGCUACUCCGGGAGGAUCAAUUGGAGCCCGUUACCAAAGCAGCACAGCAGGAAGAAUUGGAAAGAAGGAAACGUCUGGAGCAGCAGAGGAAAGAUUAUGCAGCCCCCAUUCCCACUGUUCCCCUGGAGUUCCUACCUGAGGAAAUUGUCUUACGUGCGAGUGAAGGUCCCCAGCUGCCUCCUCGGGUCUUGGCCCAGGAAGUCAUUUGUCUGGACAGUAGCAGUGGCAGUGAGGAUGAGAAAGGCAGUCGAGAUGAGGUGAUUGAACUGAGCUCUGGGGAGGAGGACACUCUGCACAUUGUGGACAGCAGCGAGUCUGUCAGUGAGGAGGACGAGGAAGAGGAGAAGGGUGGCACCCACGUGAAUGACGCCUUAAAUCAGCAUGAUGCUCUUGGGCGGGUCCUUGUCAACCUGAACCACCCUCCAGAGGAGGAGAAUGUCUUCCUGGCCCCACAGUUGGCACGGGCCGUGAAACCUCAUCAGAUUGGCGGGAUCCGGUUCCUAUAUGAUAACCUAGUGGAGUCUCUGGAAAGGUUUAAGACCAGCAGUGGCUUUGGCUGUAUCCUGGCUCACAGCAUGGGUUUAGGGAAAACUCUGCAAGUUAUCUCCUUUGUUGAUGUCCUCUUCCGCCACACACCAGCCAAAACAGUCCUUGCCAUUGUGCCGGUUAAUACUCUCCAGAAUUGGCUGGCAGAGUUCAACAUGUGGCUCCCGGCUCCUGAAACCCUUCCAGCUGACAACAAGCCUGAAGAAGUCCAGCCUCGCUUCUUUAAGGUUCACAUCUUGAAUGAUGAGCACAAGACAAUGGCAUCUCGUGCUAAAGUGAUGGCCGACUGGGUGUCAGAAGGUGGGGUGAUGCUGAUGGGGUACGAAAUGUACAGACUCCUCACUUUGAAGAAAUCCUUUGCCACGGGCCGACCAAAGAAAACCAAGAAACGAUCUCAUCCAAUCAUCAUUGACCUAGAUGAAGAAGAUCGACAGCAGGAGUUUCGGAAAGAGUUUGAGAAGGCCUUAUGCCGCCCUGGCCCUGAUGUGGUCAUCUGUGACGAAGGGCACCGCAUCAAAAACUGCCAGGCCAGCACCUCACAGGCCCUGAAGAACAUACGUUCUCGCCGCCGGGUCGUGCUGACUGGGUACCCGCUGCAGAACAACCUUAUCGAGUACUGGUGCAUGGUGGACUUUGUGCGCCCAGAUUUCCUUGGCACCCGGCAGGAGUUCAGCAACAUGUUUGAGCGCCCUAUCCUGAACGGGCAGUGCAUUGAUAGCACGCCACAGGACGUCCGCCUCAUGCGGUACCGCAGCCACGUGCUGCAUAGCCUCCUGGAGGGCUUUGUGCAGAGGAGAGGCCACACUGUGUUGAAGAUUCAUCUUCCUGCCAAGGAAGAGAAUGUGAUUCUGGUGCGGCUGUCUAAGAUCCAGCGAGAUUUGUACACACAGUUCAUGGACCGCUUCCGGGACUGUGGUAACAGUGGCUGGCUGGGGCUGAACCCCCUAAAGGCUUUCUGCGUGUGCUGCAAGAUCUGGAACCACCCUGAUGUACUGUAUGAAGCCCUUCAGAAGGAAAACCUGGCCAAUGAACAGGACCUAGAUGUGGAAGAGCUUGGCUCAGCAGGAACCAGUGCCCGCUGCCCACCCCAGGGGAUAAAAUGCAAGGGAGAGGACAGCACCCUGGCUUCCUCAAUGGGAGAGACAGCCAAUAGCAAGUUUUUACAGGGGGUUGGCUUCAACCCUUUCCAGGAGCGUGGCAACAACAUCGUAACAUACGAAUGGGCCAAAGAGCUUCUGACCAAUUAUCAGACUGGAGUCUUGGAAAACUCACCUAAGAUGGUAUUGCUUUUCCACCUGAUUGAGGAAAGUGUAAAGCUUGGGGACAAGAUCCUUGUGUUCAGCCAGAGCCUUUCCACCUUGGCUCUGAUCGAGGAGUUCCUAGGGAAGCGAGAGGUGCCCUGUCUGCCUGGUGCCGAGGGUCAAGGAGCACAGAAGUGGGUUCGAAAUGUCAGCUACUUCCGGCUAGAUGGUAGCACCCCUGCCUUUGAGAGAGAAAGGCUCAUUAAUCAGUUCAAUGAUCCCAGCAACCUCACCACCUGGCUGUUCCUUCUCUCUACAAGGGCCGGAUGCUUGGGCGUGAAUCUGAUUGGUGCCAAUCGAGUGGUGGUCUUUGAUGCUUCCUGGAACCCUUGCCAUGAUGCCCAGGCAGUAUGUCGGGUGUACCGUUACGGCCAGAAAAAGCCCUGUCACAUCUAUCGCCUCGUGGCUGAUUAUACCCUUGAAAAGAAAAUCUACGACCGGCAGAUUUCCAAGCAGGGCAUGUCAGGUGGGCCAGAGACUCUUCUACACAGGCAGCCAACCCUGAAGGGUGACGAAAAGCCGGUGGCCAGCGUUCGCCCUGUACAAUCCACCCCCAUCCCCAUGAUGCCCCGACAUGUCCCACUUGGGGGCGCCGUAAGCUCCGCCUCUAGCACAAAUCCAUCCAUGAACUUCCCCAUCAACUACCUGCAACGGGCAGGGGUCCUCGUGCAGAAGGUGGUCACCACAACAGAUAUUGUUAUUCCUGGGCUCAACAGCUCCACAGAUGUUCAGGCAAGAAUUAAUGCUGGUGAGAGCAUCCAUAUCAUCCGGGGGACAAAAGGGACGUACAUCCGCACCAGCGAUGGGCGGAUCUUUGCUGUCCGGGCGACGGGCAAACCAAAGGUCCCCGAAGACGGUCGGAUAGCUGCCUCAGGUUCUCAGGGGCCUUCUCUUGCGUCCACAAGCAACGGCAGACACAGUGCCUCUUCACCCAAAGCCCCUGACCCCGAGGGGCUGGCCAGGCCCGUCUCUCCUGACAGCCCGGAGAUCAUCAGUGAGCUCCAGCAGUAUGCCGACGUAGCCGCCGCCCGGGAAUCCCGUCAGAGCUCCCCAAGCAUCAGUGCCGCCCUGCCUGGCCCCCCGGCCCAACUCGUGGACAACAGUACUGUGUCCGGGCCGGCUCUUGGAACUGAGCCACGCCUUGGGGGUCAUUGCCUCAACAGUUCCCUCUUGGUGACUGGCCAGCCUUGUGGUAGCAGACAUCCAGUGCUGGACUUAAGGGGCCACAAGCGAAAGUUGGCCACUCCCUCUGCCCCCCAGGAGUCUGCCCGCCGGCGGUCCAGGAAGGGCCAUCUGCCAGCCCCCGUGCAGCCGUACGAACACGGGUAUCCUAUCUCUGGCGGGUUUCCCAUGCCGCCCGUCUCCUUAAACCAUAACCUCACCCCUCCCUUCACCUCCCAGGCUGGGGAGAACUCCCUGUUUAUGGGCAGUCCCCCAUCCUACUACCAGCUGUCCAAUUUGCUGGCAGACGCCCGCCUGGUGUUCCCAGUGACUACUGACCCUCUGGUGCCGGCAGGCCCCGUCAGUUCCUCUUCCACGGCUACCUCAGUCACUGCCAGCAACCCUUCCUUCCUGCUCAACCCUUCCGUGCCAGGGAUCCUGCCCAGCUACUCACUCCCGUUCUCACAGCCACUCCUGUCCGAGCCAAGGAUGUUUGCGCCUUUUCCUUCCCCUGUCUUGCCCAGCAACCUCUCGCGGGGCAUGUCUGUCUACCCUGGCUAUAUGUCCCCACAGGCAGGCUACCCAGCUGCUGGCCUUCUCCGGUCCCAGGUACCUCCGUUUGACUCGCACGAGGUUGCCGAGGUGGGGUUCAGUUCCAACGAUGAUGAGGAUAAGGACGACGAUGUGAUAGAGGUCACUGGGAAAUAGCUGGGGAGACUCCUCACCCCCUUGCCCCCACCCACCCCCCCACACACACCCCUACACCUACACCUCAAUCGGCGCCCCUCACAGGCUGCCCACCAAGAUGGAAGGCAGCAGUUUGAGCUUUCUGAGAAUAUAGGGUACUUGUCUGUCCAGGGGAAAAGGUAAAAUAUACAUUAGACCCGGCUGGCCAGCGUGGCAGGGCUGUGUUGCUGUGUUAACAGGAGAGGCAAAAGGAAAAAAAAUGCAAAAUAAAACAAAAACAGCAACAAGAGCAGGAAAUCAGGGACCUAAAAAAAACGAGGGAUAGAGGAGCCGGGAAGCCUGUCUCCCUCCCUCCCUCUC